AUGAUUACUGACUUGUAUAUAGAGGACAAGGAGAAGAGGCUAAUGAGAGGGGGAACGUUGCACCAAUUCUUGGAAGUAAUUAGGGCUAGUAGCGGCUGGUCCGAGUCCCGGCCUCAAAUUGACACCGCGGCAGAGCUCUCUUCAGAGCUGCGGGCGGUGUCGAGGCACUACGGUGCAGCAGUUCUAUAUGUGGAGUAUGUUGUUAAACCCUUUGUUGGCUCAGCCAUUCGAAUGCUGAUCGUUUCUCUGAAACAACCGCAAUUAUACUUCUCUUUCGAAAAGUUGACACACACACACAUGCCGGUCGUGUAA